UCAACAGCCUAAUCCAAUCAAAGGAUUCAAUCGGCCCGGGGGUUGGAAUUAACCCAGACCAAAUCCAACAAUAAAUUGUCUUCUUCACACAAAUCGUCUGAAAUUUAAGAACGGUUUGGUGUCGCAGUUGCAUUCUGCAGUGUGAAGAGACUGAUCUGAGCGCAAAGAAUCCAGGACACCACACUGUAUUUCUGACUUCCUGCGUGUAGCGUGUUCGCAAAGCUUUUACCAUGGCACUAGACGGAUGUGGCCAGCUGUGCAAGUGUUUCCUCAUCAUGUUCAACAUCAUUUUUGCCCUGGUGGGUAUGGCGAUGUUCGGGUUGGGCUUGUGGCUGAGGUUCAGCUCUGAGACCAGAGGAUUUUUCAACAUAGACCUCAACACACAGCAGUUUGUCAUCGGUGUGUCAGUGUUGAUUGCGUUAGGAGCAGUGAUAUUGCUCGUGGCUGUUUUCGGAGACUAUGGAGCAUGCAAUGAGAAUCUGAAUGGAUUGGCAGUGUUUUCCUGCCUGCUGGCUAUCCUGGCUGUUGUAGAGAUUGCAGCCGGUGUGUUCGCCUACAUGGGAAGCGAUGUGGUUGGAGAGCAGCUGGCAAAAUUCUAUAUAACUGUGUACGCUCAGUAUGUGGACAAAGGAGACCCUGGCUUGGCUGUUACCCUGUCCAUGUUCCACAAUGUGUUGCACUGCUGUGGACUCAUUGGUGCCUUGGACCUCUUGGUAAAACAAACAUGUCCCAAAACUGGCCUUUGGGACACCUUAACUCUCCCUGCCUGCCCCACAGUGAUCCUCAACCUCUUUGAGUCCAAAGCGCCUCUGGUGAUGGGCCUCUUCCUUGGGACUGCUGCUAUGCUGAUCACAGCCCUGGUGUGCUGCAACAUCCUCAUGAAACAGAUCAAGAAGAGUCACCUCUCUGCCCCCGUGUACUGAGGGGACAGGACCACCACCACGUUCAAACAUUUCUCCACUAUGUGACCAAACCAGAUGGUUGUCAUUCAGUGACCGUCACCCCAUCCUGUCACGUAAUACUUCUGGAGAGGUGCCCAAUAAAAAAUUUUUCCUAAUUAGCUUUCAUUCAUUUGUGUAGCUGGACAGGGCUCUCGAUCAUCUGGACAUGCUGUAUGAACAGGGCAAGACACUGUUGCUCUGUAGCAGCUGUUUGUUCUGCCCCUCUUCCCACUGUAGUCCUUCAUCUUUUUUUAAACCUUAAAUCACUGUUACCGAAUGUAUAUAGCUGCGCUUGCUGACAUUAAUGGGACCAUUUUAUUAAGUCAUACGGAGCAUUAAAUGAGGGCACUGCUGUAAUCAGACAAGUGAAGCACUGUCCAACAUUACCUUUCCCUGUAAUCACAUCAGUUUAGAAUCAUGUUUGUUACAAUAUCCAUAGCAAUGUACUGGUGACAGAAUCUUAACUGGAUGAAUCCGUAUUUGGUUCUCUAUGCCAAAUUAAGUACAUUAUUAACAUCUAAUCAUGCUACACAAUUACAAUACUAAUCCCAGCUCCACUUGUACGCCCUGAGGUGAUAGACUGAUUUCUUCAUUCCAUGUUUGGAUGUUGACGUGGGAUGAUAUGCAAAGUUGAGUCAGGAACAUUGUUUGCUUGACUUAUUACUUUGAUACUGAUUUUUAUAAGCAAACUAAUGUUUGCAACUGGGAUACAUUUCCUUUUGAGUCACUCCAAUCACAGCGGAUGUGAAAAUUAUUGCGCUUAGGAAUUAUGUCUCCCUGAAUGCCCCAUCAGGCAGCAGUUGUACUGGAGGCUGUUGAGUGUGAUAGAAUAAACACUUCAUAUGGAGUGGCUUGGUACACUAGCCACUUCAUAUGGAGUGGCUUGGUACACUAGCCAAAGUGUUGCCCUGUAAAUGCAGGAGUGUACCUUACCAGGUCAAGUGUCUUGUAGGAAGUCUUGAACUACAAUUUCCAAUGAUUUUGUUUGCACUGUGAGAUCAGGUUAUGUUCUGUUACAAGCUAAUACUACUGACUGUGUAACUUGGCACCAAAUGGUGCUUUCUUUUGUUAAAAUAAAGUAGUUUUUUUUCUUCCUC